AUGGCAUCUUCUUCUUUGAUCACAAAGGUCAAGUACCUCGACCUCCCAACCCUCAAGUCCCGAAUCUUCUACCGCGAAGCUGGCCCUGCCAAUGCUCCAGUCCUGCUUCUACUACAUGGCUUCCCAUCCUCUUCCCACCAGUACCGUAACCUCAUUCCUCUCCUCGCAGCAAAAUACCGAGUCAUUGCACCGGACUUGCCUGGUUUUGGCUUCACCGAAGUAGCAGGUGUCUACAAACACACAUUCGACAACCUCGCUCUCACAAUACUAGAAUUUGUAGAUAUCCUGUCUAUCUCCAAAUUCUCCGUAUACAUCUUUGAUUACGGCGCGCCAACGGCUCUGACGCUUGCCCUCAAACGACCAGAAGCUCUCCAAGCUAUAAUAACACAGAACGGCAACGCCUACGAAGAUGGACUAGGAGACUUCUGGCAGCCCUUACGAGAAUACUGGGCAAGCGGUGAUAAAGAUAACGCAAGCACCCGUGCUGCCCUAGCAGCAGCCGUCCUUACUUAUGAAGCUACAAAGGGACAAUAUACACAAGGCACGUUACCCGGAAAGACUAUCGCUCCGGAGUCUUAUACACUUGACUAUGCGUUGCUCCAGCGUCCGGGAAAUGACAAUGUUCAAUUAGAUCUGUUUUGGGAUUACCAGAACAAUGUGAAGAAUUACCCUCGUUUUCAGGAAUAUUUCCGCAAGUCGCAGGUUCCUCUCUUGGCUGUUUGGGGGAAGAAUGAUCCUAUAUUCAUUGCCCCGGGAGCAGAGGCUUUUAAGCGCGAUUUACCAAAGGCGGAGGUGCAUCUCUUGGACGCUGGACAUUUUGCGGCUGAGACGGAGACAGAGGAGAUUAGUGCAUUGAUAUUGGAUUUUCUCGCGAGGAAUGGAAUAUGA